UCUAUCAGAAGCAAAAAAAAAAGGACGAGCUGUGACAUAAAUGGCUUACUGAACGAAUGCCAUGGCCCAAUGGAAUCAAACCACAGUGUCAGAAUUCAUCCUUGUAGGAUUCACAGAUAAUCCAGUGCUCAGCACUUCUCUUUUCGUGGUGUUUCUAGCCAUCUAUGUGAUCACUCUUCUCGGAAAUCUAGGGAUGAUAGCACUGAUUCGUCUUGACUCCCAUCUCCAAACACCUAUGUACUUUUUCCUUAGCAACCUGUCCUUCUCAGAUCUCUGCUACUCUACUGUCAUUGUCCCUCAAACCCUGGUGAAUUUCUUGGCUGAAAAGAAAUCUAUUUCUUUCAUUGGUUGUGCUGCUCAGUUUUACUUCUACGCUGUGUUUGCAAGUGUAGAAUGUCUCCUGCUAGCUGCUAUGGCCUAUGACCGUUAUGUGGCCAUCUGUAACCCACUAUUGUAUCCUACUGUCAUGUCCAAGAAGGUUUGUAUUUGCCUGGUGCUGGCUUCCUACCUUGUGGGUUGUGCCAAUGGCAUGGUACACACAAACACUACCUUUCGCCUUCCCUUUUGCAGCUCCAACGUCAUAAACCAUUUUUUUUGUGAUGUACCUUUAAUUCUGAAACUUGCCUGUUCAAACACUCAACUCAACCAGAUUCUGCUUUUUGUCAUCUCUUCACUGAUAGGACUGUGUUCAUUCUUCAUCAUCCUUAUCUCUUACAUCUACAUUAUCACUGCUAUCCAAAGAAUCCACUCAAGUGGGGGAAGGAAGAAGACCUUCUCUACCUGCGGCUCCCAUUUGAUGGCCGUUACCUUGUUCUACACCACAAUUCUUUUCAUCUACCUGAAGCCUUCCUCAAGUGACAUUGAAGCACAAGACCAAGUUGCUGCUGUCUUUUAUACAGUAGUGAUUCCAAUGGUAAACCCUGUCAUCUACAGCCUAAGGAAUAAGGAGGUGAAGGAAGCGCUGAAAAGGAUAGUGAGAAAGAAAUGGGUUUCUGCUGAGGCAUAA